AUGGGGAAGAGAAAGAGGAUCGAAAAGGGGGGUGAGCCGAAAGGAGGCGACGGGAGAGAUGCGGAGCAUUCUCCUUCCACCGUGUUUGUCAGCAACUUGCCCUACACUUUCCAGUCCGCAGAGGUGUUGUGCUUUCCCACAUUGAGAAACAAUAAGCUCGGCUAAUUCUUUUUUUAUAUUCACCAUGCAACGAAUUUCUUAUUGCGGCGGCUAUUCUCUGUUUCUGCCACAAAUUUUCAGCUGGAAAACGUCUUCAGUGAGGUGGGCCCUGUCAGGCGCUGCUUCCUGGUUCUACCAAAGGGUAAAAAUACGGGACUCAUGAUCUUAAUUGGGGUCGACCUUCUGGUUUCUGUCUAUGGUGACCUUGCCUGUUCAAUUUUAGGGCAUUUCUGAACAAAUCAACAUCAUAAUUCCACUUAUAUUCUGCAGAAAAUCGACAUUCUUCCCAUAUUAUGUCUAUUGUUGUCAUCUGGAAUGCGUUGUGUUGAGUGAAACCAGUGGUACUUUUUUCUUCUGGAAAUGAUGGAGCUCUCUCAUCGAGUCUGAUAAUUGGAACCCUCCAUUAAAGCAUUUUUGAUGAUGGUUUAGUUCCUCAAAACGAACCUUUUGGCCGUGGGUUAGUGGGGAAAAGCUUAGCUACCGAAGCAUUCACAUUUUUGUCUCCCUUGGGAAAGGGGGAUAGGUAAGUAUGGGAAAAAAGAGUUAGUAUCUUAGUCAAGCAUGUUACAGAAGACGUUACCUUGGAAGGAUUUUGGAUAACACCUGUGUCACAUAUAAAAGUUUACCAUUGGAAAAUGGGUUUCUUAUUGGGACGCUAUUAGUAUCAAGAAUUAGUGCCUGUUGUUCGAAAAUAGAUUUUAUUCAUUUUUCAGAAAAUAAUUUGUUGGAAAAAAAUCAGAUUCAUCGUUAAAUUCAGGGCCCUUUUUCAUGUUUGUCUUAUGAUUUUUUAAAGUUAUAUGUCUAGAAUUCCAUAGCAAUGUGUAGAGAAAUUAGGGCACCUCAGAAAAUUUGGAACCAAAGUGCAGCUUUAGUAUUCAAAAUUGGAAACCUCUUUCAAUUUUUUUUGGCUGCUUUGCAGCGAGUUAUGCCUUAUUUUUUUUUCCCCUGAAUUUUUAAUUCAUGAAUAUUAUCCAUCUAUUCUUUUUGCUAUUAAUUGUCAUUUUUUUUGGUUGCAGGAUCAGAUGUUCAUCGUGGCUUUGGCUUCGUACAAUUGUAAGAUUUGAUCCUAAAUCUCUGCCUCUAUCGAUAGAAAUCUACAGAUAGGUUCCACGUUCAGCUUUUUUUAGUUACACCUUUUUCCUUUCUUUUAAAAAGAAAAAUAUAGAAAAUCCAGCUUAAUACUAAGAAGAAGAAUUCUUCCACAAGAUUUAGCUCAUCUUUUUAAAAAUAAUUUAUUACACAGAAAACACCUUACAGAAGCAAGCUGAAGUUCAACUACAGGAUAUGAAUUAAAAUACUUACUGAUUGUGCUUUUGUGCUUUGCGUAUUUUAAGGAAUCCUUAUUUGGUUGUUAAUUUUAUGCCUAAAUGAUUUUUUAAUCAUUUAUUUAUGCUAAAAUAGUUAAAAAUGAGGAAAUGCAACAUUGAUUAUGUCGAUUGAAUGCUUCAGGUGCCAUUCUGUUUUUCUAUAGGUACCAAAUUUUCUGUUGCAUCUAGAUAUGGAUUCUAUCAGCUAUUCCACUUGUUUUGGGUUUAUGUAUUCAUCUUCUGGGUGUGCCUCUCAGACAUUAACUUUGACCACCACGAGCGAUUAUGCAUAAAUUAAACUCUUAAGGUGAACCAGAACCAUAUGAACUAGAUGACCCUUUACUGUGGACCAUACCGCUAUUUGGUAUUGUGUUCGUUAUGGGAUAUUUUGUUUGUAUUUGGGAAUGUUCUGCUAUUCUUGGUGACCAUUAUUUUAAAGCUGGCGCUAUUUUUGGGAAGUUAUUUAUAAAUUUCAAAUAUUCAUUAGUCCAUUGGAACAAUGCUUUAUGUAGGACAAUAAUUUCAUAAAAAAGAAUUUGUUUAAUGCUACUAUUACGGCUUGCAUCUAUAAUGACAGGCUAGGUUUAAUUUUUGUUUGUGCCAAUGAACCUAAAGGGCUGUUGAAGUUGCUCAGCCUGUCUACUGGUGAUCUUCACUAACAGUAAUUCUGAAGAGUUAUUUGUGGGGUUCUGAGUGUUGUUUAGAAAUUUUUUGAAUUGUGAGACUUACCUCCUAUUGUAUUAGUGAUCUUCACUAUUGCAUUCUUUCUUUAGUAAUUUUUUGAACAACUGUCUGUCUGUGUCAAUUUGUGAUUGAGACCUGUGAGAAGUUUGGUGUUAUGGCUAGUUUAUGUUUCUUUUAUCCAUGUUAAUUUUGUGUUACAUGCAUGGGCUGAUCAACUUGGCUUUCAGUGCUUCAAUGGAGGACGCUGAUCGUGCUGUUCAAAUCAAAAAUGGUUUAGUUAUAGGAGGAAGAAAAAUCAGAGUGAAACCUGCACUGCGCCGUCUUCCUCUUGAGCAUCGCCGAUCAAAGGCAACUAGUGGUGAGUCUUCUUUCACUCAUGCUUUUGCAUGCAAGUGUCAAGCUAUUUUUCUCAUUUGAUGAACGAAAAUAGCCACAACUUUUACUGUGCAGCCGAUGUUGAAGAUGUUUCUAAAGUUGAUCAAAUUUCUGUUCCCAAGUCUGAGGAAUCAUCACGAAAGCAAGAGUCAGGUCAUAAUGAUGUGAACAGUCUUUUACUUGCUGGUUCUUCCUGUUCGGUAAUAUUAUUUAGAUUCUUUUAACUCCUUGUAUUACGUGAUUUCUGUAUUAUUAAUUCAGAAACCGUUGGCGAUCCAAAGAGAAUAAAGAGAAAGAUGAUCCUUAAUAUCUGUGAAGAUGAGAAGUUGCCUGGCUCUGAAAAACAGAGGUAAUGUUGUUGUCCUUUUUGGUUUCACCUCAGUCAAUAUAUAAUAAUGUACAUUUCCCUGGACCAAGUAAACUCUGUAUGAACUAAGAAACAUUAUGCAGAUUUAAAACGCAUUACUGCUUUUGUAUGUAUCCCAUAACUUCCAAAGGUAAAUCCUCCUUAAAAUGGAAGAACUGCUAUCAAAUAUCAUUAUUCAUGCCUUGACUCAAGCCUUUGACUAAUUCCCCUUCUGUAUUAUCACCCUGAUUUAUCCUUGGAUAGCCUUUGAAAUGCUUUUUGGAAUUUCUCUGUUGACAAUUUAGUAGUAGCUUUCUCUUUAAUUGAAAGCAGGCAGCAAUUCAUAUUGAUUAACUUUCUAGAGGAAAAUGUGACGUGCACCUAGAGACUAUGUUUUUAGAAGUCCUCUGUGACAAGGUAAUGACUACGCUUAUUGCAUGGCCUCAGAUAGUAGUCUGUUCAAUCAUCCACCAUGCUCUUUUCGCUACCCUUUUUGUUGCUACUUCGGCGGACAUCAUCGACCAUGUGUCUCAUGCCACUGGUUUUCAUUUUUACCUGCUCCCUUUCUCAAAGUUAGAAAUUUUGGUGGCAAUGUACAUGCAGUACAUGCCCUGUAUCGCUCUUGCUUAUCAAUCACGUGUGAAUAGACUUUCGUUUCUAACUUGGAGAAAAUUGGUACCAUCACCAUAACAUUCUCCAUAUUUAACGUAGUGCAAUCCACAAAGUUGGAAGCGUGGAGAAGUAAACCUAAUGGUUGGGGGACAUCGAGCUCCUCUGUUCAGAAGAGUUCUAUUGAUAGGAAAACAACAGAUAAUCUAUCUUGGAGCCUGCAGGCCUUAUAUGCUGCUUAAAAUCCUGAAAAACGAUCAAAGUGUCAUCAUAUUUAACCCCGGGCAGACCCUGAUUGGGGCCAAUCAGGUCCGGUUGGAGAGUUUAAGCUGAAAAUUGAUAGAAACUGCUGCUUCUGGACUACUUUAAAUUAUAUAAAACUGUAAAUUUAAACCAUCUGGGCCAUAUUUAUCUCAAAAAUUAUCUGCUGUGCAAAUAUCUUCCUGCACGUAACUGUUGUACUUUUUCUCAAAAAUAUCAAAAAUAAAAUAUCUGCGAUCUUUCUACCAGAAUUAUCUCAAAUCAUAAGCGUUCAUUGUGUAUUUAACAGCAUAGGGCUUUAUGAGAUUUAUUCUUUGAUUUUAUUUAGGACCCUUCUCUCAUUCUGGGGGUUAAAUUUUUUUUAUCCUGCAUUCUUCCAAACCUUCUUUAAAAGACACAAUCUUUACCUAUCAUAAAUGCAUUGUCUAGACCCGAGAUUAAAUCACUCCCGAGAGAAGCUGCAUUCUAAUACUUCCGGACAUAAUAGUUAUGGACUGUAUGAACCCCUCAUUGCUUUGUUUCGCUGAAAACAAUUUUUUCCCUUCACAAUCGUUAUUUAAGGUUUGCCCAUUUAAAAAACUAUAAUAAAUUCACCAUAUUCCAGUUAGAGUUUUUUUUUUUUUUUCUAGUCCUACUCUUUUCUGGGACCUGAACCUGCCUAGUCUAUUGAGAUACUGAGUUGCACAGUCGUCUGCAUCAACAAUGCCUGCAAGUAAGCAUCAAUGCUCCGUCCAUGAAGAACAAGCUAAUCUUAUAGGAGAAGAAAAACCGUCAGGAUUGAGCAUCAAAUGUUCCUAUCCUGAUGCAUUAGUUAAAUAUGGUACUCCUGUCACAUGCUAAUCGUUUCUCUAUGUGAAAUAUCCUGGUCCUGUAAUGCCUAUCUGACAUUCGAAGUUCUAUCCUUUUGACACCCUUGUGUAAUCAUAGCAUUCAGAUGUCCCAAGUGAGUGAAUGUCCCAAGAAUGGAGAUUUAUAGCAUCUUGUGGUUUUAACAGUUCUUAUCAGCUUCUGUAAACAGGCUUCUGGUCUAGAGCUGACAAUUUUUCAUGGGGUAGAAUGAAGAAUACUCCAACCUAACUUAUUUGUUUUUCCUCUUAUUUGUUGUAUGGCUGUUAUCAUUACAACCACACGCAUGGUUCUGCUGAAGUUCUUUCAUGUUCUUUAGUCUCAUCUUCCUCCAGUUCUUUUUUGACCCAUCUGUCUAGCUCUCCAUCCUUUUCUUAGCCUUGACCUGGGGACCUGGCCUGCAUAAUGCUUUAUCUUCACUAAAUUGAAAAAUGAUGGGACAUAAGUUAGCUAAUUACAAAUGCUACCUUGCAAUUAACUGAUCCCCAGAAUUUAAGAGCAUGCUAUUUCAUCUUCAAAAAAUUCUCUCAAAUUUCUAUAGCCAAUUUCCGAGCUUAGCGGAGCCCAAGACAUACGAUUGGGAAUAAAAACCCUCAUCACUGAAAAUUGUUUGCCAUCAUUCUCUUUUUCUCCUUCACAAUCGUAGUCCUCUUAAAACUAGCCUUUUGCCUUGUUGUCUCAUCAACCAAUGCUUGAUACUUUAGCAAUUUUGGUUUACUGUCGCGGUGACCUGAUAAGGGGAAAAUAUAACGUGGAUGAUGUGUAAUCUCCCUACUGUUGGUGAAUUGUUUAACUUAAUUUAUACCAACUUCGAGACAUACCAGUCUUAGAAUCCAGUACCGCAAGUCGUGUAUACAAAGAGCCAGAAGAGAGGAUGAUGCCCUUCAUAAGUUCAAAUGGAUAGUUUCCAUAUCCAUUAUUGUAGGCAUCAUAGUGCCCUUCAUUACUGCAGGCAUCAUAGUGCCAUUAAAUCUCUGUUUCUAGGAGACUAAGGUUUUUUGCCUACAAUUUACUCCAGCCAUAGGCCCCAGAGGAGUUUGUCUCGAGAAGGGAGGUCCGAUAAUCAAUGUCCGCCUCUCUUUCAAAUGUUCAGUGUGCAGAAAACCCCGAAUAUACAUAUUCAAUCGUCAGGUUCCCGUGUUAUCCUAUCAACAGCUCAUGUGCAGGAGACUUUCUGCCAAUGAUCUGUUGUAGGCACUGAUGCCAAAGGAACGAGUACUCUCCAUCUAAGAUUUCUGGUUCAGAUGCCACCUUCUGAGCCUUUUGUACCGAUGAUUUCCUUUUGUACCGAUGAACUGUACAUGCUCCGUGUCUAAAUCAAGAUCUGGGCCCUGCAACUUGAAAAGUUAACUUGCGUUGACAACUAACAAAAAUAUAUAAAAGAAUAUAUAAUCUCAUAUUUGUUUCAAGAGAUAUCUCGUAUAGUAUGGUUUCCUUUGCCUAUUUGCUCAUGAGAGUGCAAUCCAUUUACCGUCUGAUUUAAAAUUACGAAUACGAGUUCUUAGCUUGGUUGAAGUGAGAAGAAUGAUUCAUUAUGUUGUCAAUUGAAAAUGCUAAGUUGCUCCCAAAUAUUAUGGACAUUUUCUGGUAAGUUAUUGCAGUGUUAAUGAAGGAUGCAAGAAUGGCUGCAAUGCCUCGAGCAAUAUUCACUGAUAUCCUUUCUGUUCUUAUCCGCAUGUAGGGUUGCUAGGACAGUUAUAUUUGGUGGCCUGCUCAAUUCUGAUAUGGCAGAUGAGUUCUUCCGUCGUGUUAAAGAAAUUGGCUCAGUUAGAUCAAUACAGUAUCCUCUACCAGAGGAAGAUCUUGAACUCCAUGGUUUGUGGCUACCCAUCAUUUUCUCCUUUUCUUAUUCACAUAAUCUAUUUGGUUUCGAUUUACAUGUCAUUUCUCUCUCUUGGAUGGGGAUUAGUUUACAGUUAUUCUGAGAGUUAUGUCCGUUCUUGUACUGAGUUUCAUACUAUGUCAAAUAUUUUUCAAAUUAAUUAUUGCUUUAAUUGGUUUUAAACAUACUUCACUCUGACAGUCCAGUGACUUUUCCGAUAGUCAUACCACAAUAUAGAAUGGAUGUGUACAGUUGUAGAGUUGAAACUUGCAUAUUUAAGUCCGCUGUAUGAAUUUGAUGAAAAACGUUAAUAACGCAUACAAAUCGUGUUAGUAUUUUAUUUACGUUAUUUAUGAAGUAUAUCACAAUAAUACCUUUUCAUUUUUAUAAUACCUUUUCAUUUUUAUAAAGUAUAUCUUUUCGUGAUCUGGGGUAUUAGGCCCAUGCUCCGUGUUUGUGAAUCUUGCUAGAAAUUAAUUAAGGUUCAAUAGCUUCCCGUUGAUCCAAUGUUGUCUCUGUACAAUAGCUGUAAAUCCAUGACAGCUGGGUAUGUAUUCUCUCGUUUUAGUGGUCUAAUCCUAGGUGGAAAACGUGCGUUCAUUGAGAGUUAAAGAAGUAGAGAAAAUUGAUCGAAAAUUGGCAGAUCUGCUUACUGGCCAACCAAGCUUAUUUUGGCUUUAUUCUCUCAUCUUUUGGAUCUUAAUUGAAAGAACGAAAAAAAGAAGAAAAACGUUUUGGGGCCUUGAGGAUAUGAGCAAUAGAUGGAUACUUUACAACUUGAUAAGUACCCAGUAAAAUUCUUUUGAAAACAUUUUUGGCGUAAUUGGCUUAUCCCCUUGGGUUAGGCUAUACAUGUGGCCGUUUUAAGUUCAGUUGCCUAUGCUGCCAACCUUCCUUUGGGUAAAACAUUAAAUUGGUGGGUUUGCAGUCCGUUGAAAAAACAUGAAUAGAGUUAUCCAGUAUGGGUUCAAUUAAAUUUUAAAAGCUUGUAACAGAGAUCAUAAGCUUAGAAUGGCUUUCCUUUCUAUAACCUAGUUGUUGAGUGCUCCCUGUUCGAAACUAUUUACUCUUUUGUGUAAAAUAUGUAAUGUAGGUCUAUGAUGUGCUUAUCCUAGACAAUUUUAUCUGAUGCAAUGGCCUCUUAUAUUGAUGUUAUGGGACGAACGUUAGUCUGGAAUAACCUUGAACCGUGAUGUUUAUUUGGAUAUCCUAUUUAUUUGGAUGCUGGAGACUACUGUAGUUGAGGCCUGUAGGGAUCGCAGGUCGCAUUUGUUAAUUUUUCUGGUAGAGUACUAUUUGUGUGGAUGAUUUUUAUUGCUAUAUUCAUUGAUAGCCAUAUGGCCGAUCUUGUUGUCAUGAGUUUAUGCAAAUUUUAAGCUGAGCUACCUUUUUGUCUAUAUAUCACCUAGGCUGCAUCAUAGUGAGAAAUAUUUGUUCUUCUUGCAGGCCUUGCUCGAGAUGGAUGCAGGCCUGGUGCUUCAGCUGUAGUCUACGAAAAUGUUAAAUCAGCACAGACUGCUGUUAUCAAGUUACAUCAGCAACAGAUAAAUGGAGGAUGUGUUUGGGCGCGGCAAUUGGGUGGUGAGGUACAUUUUAAUUCAUUUCAUCUAGUUGACAGUUUCUUUGAGCCAGCAUAUUGUUAUCCUGUUGGAAAAUUUCAGGCAGUGGCAACGCAUUAUAUUUUAUUUAUUUUAUUAAUCUUGAAUUGUAGCUGUCUAGCUUCAAUUGUGCAGUCCCGGUCAUGCAUGCAAAGUGUACACUAGUAUUUCCCCCCGAGUUUUGGUCGCAGACCAAAUUUUCCCAUAAUUAAACUGGGUUUGUAAUCCAAAUCAUGGUGCCACUUCGAUUUGUAGUACGACCAACUCAAAAUCUUCAGGGAUACCUAUUCGUUCUUGGUUCAAAUCAUCUGAGACGGUAGAAUUGUCCGAUUGUCUUCAAUUUGAGGUGUUAUUCAUGUCAAAUCUGUACAUACUAAUUAGUUAACCAUUUAUUUUAGUUUUUUUUUUCUUAUUUUAUUCUUUGCUUCCAUAUGACCUUCUUUCUGUUGACCUUAUUUAGGGCUCAAAGACAAGGAAAUGGAGAAUCAUAAUGAGAAAUCUGCCUUUCGAUGUGAGUUUUUCCCUAGGAUCCGUUUCAGUUGGCUUUCACAAUCCAUUGGAUAAAAUAGAGCUUUGACUCAUAAAUUAAUGAGGUUUAACUAAUCUGAAUGAAUUCAAAAUAUAGGUCACAGUUGAUGAGAUUAAAAAACUUUUCGCAUCGAUUGGUUUUGUGUGGGAUGUAUACAUCCCGCAUAAUUCAGAUCAAGGGUACGUGAUUUCUGUUUUCUCAUGUCUAUUUUUCAUAUUAUGCAUCAUGAAACGCCACAAGAAGCUGAAUUUCUUUUUCAGGUCUUCUAAAGGUUUUGCCUUUGUCUCCUUCCUGCACAAACUUGAUGCUGUGAAGGUAUGACUUAUUGUGUUCAAUCUUUGUCGGGAUGUAUUCCUUUGGUCCUUUUAAUGCGGCAAACUGACAUUAUCUAAGACGUUCUUUUCAGGCUAUUGAAAAAGUUAAUGGACAAAUUAUUAGGAAGAGAACUAUUGCUGUUGAUUGGGCUGUUUCAAAGAAGACAUAUGUUGAUUCUAUAAAUCUGUUGUCUUCAAAAGACGGUAAUUUGUAGAGUGAGAUUUACUUGCAAGAAGUUUUGCAAUCUUGAGCGAUUAAAUUCUUUACGAUCCGAUUUUAAUUUUGAUGUCUCUUAGUUUACUUACUGAUUGGAGAAAAAUAAGCCAUAUCCAGGUAUUGCUUAGGAGAUGGAAAUUAUGUUUGAAAUUUCAGUAAAACUAGUAAUUUCAUCACAAGGAAGGGUUUGAUGAAAUUCAUUAUUACGAAGGCAUUGUAUUUUAUUUUUAAAAAACAUUCUCAUAUGUUUUUGGAGCUAGAAAAAUAUGUUAGUAAUCUAGUGCUGCUCUUGGAUGAUUGAUGAUCAUGGAGUUCCCAUUAGAUUUAGUUGAGGGUUUGUAGUGUUGUCUUUUGAAAGAAGACAAGUGGAAACAGGUUAGACAGCCAAAAUGAGUAUGUUCUGUUAAGUUAAGACCUUAACCAGAACCAAAGAUUAGAACACACCUCCUUGUUGAUGAGAUUAAGGGAAGAAUACUAAGGAAACAUUGGGAGAAGAACAGAUCUUCAUUUGUAACAGUUAUCGAAGGAUCUGUCUAUGCUAUAAUAUUUCGUUGAAAGGAAUAUGCGGUGGUUUUAGGCUGUACUUACAGUCACAAGGUCAUGAUUUUUACUCCUGACAAAACGUUUUUUAUCUUAUUCUUCUAUUUAGUAAAAUUUUCACUUUUUUAUAUUUUUAUUUUUAAAUUAUCUCUUCUGACUUGUUUUCUCCAGCAGUAGAUGAAAAGUUCAUGAUUUUGACUCGUAACAGUUUUUUUUCUCUUGUUUUUCUUUUUACUGAAGUUUUCACUUUUAAUGCUUUUUUCUUUUAAAUUAUCUCUUCUGACCUGUUUUUUCUAACAGUAGAAACAUUACUUAUUAUUUUAAACUACGGCUUAGUAUUUUUACUCAUAGGUGACAGUCUUACUUUCCAAUUGUCUCAGUAUUUUUUUUCCGUGAAUUUUCCUUUCCGUUUUUUUCUUGAGCUAAAUUCACCCUUGUUAAUGGAGAUUCGAGGAAAGCUCUAGUCUACUACAUCCCCUCCUUUUCAAUGGUGCGGGUGCUGGAGAUUGGAGCAUCGGAUGUUAACAUAAUCUUUAUAAAUGUUCUCUGACGAGAUGAGUUUCCACGGCGUGAAAUCAUUGUCGUUUUUAAUUCGUUGAUAUUAUCUAUCCAUCAGAUAUUUUAAAAGAUAAAAUUAGUAUACGAAGAUUCUCAAUCGUACGUCCGUUUUGUGGUGUAGUUUCCAACAAAUCUCUUUUGUAAAAGAAUACCCUCAAAGAUAAGUGAUUGAUGCCUUUCUACGCACAUGGGCUGCACCAAGUGUGAGUGCUAUUUAUGUUAACCGCUAGGUAAGGACAGUAGAAAGUUUUGCAUUCAAAACCCUCCAUGCCAGUUCCUUCUCUUUGAAUAGGAAUGUCAUUUGUCAGACUCAAGACACACAUAUGGUGAGACAGUUAGAUUGAACAACUAGUUAGGGUUCUAGAGAAUGAUUGCGAUCAGUUUUUUUUUUUUUUUUUGUGCACAACAUGAUGAGAUUGUAAAUUCUCAUCAUUUUCUGAAAAAAAAUCGCGGUUGUUUUCUUUUCUAUCAUUUUUUCCUGUUUUUAGCUUCUUCUCCUAAAGUGAUAUUCCCAAAAGAUUUUCAUUACUGCUGGAGGGAGGUUGAUGUGGGAGGGGGUUGUUGUGUGUUUUCUCUUUCCUGCAUUUUUUUUUUACUUGGGGGCGGCUCGGGGAGGGGAUACAUCUACAGACCAGACUUUGGUAAAGCCCAGGAUGAGCCUGAGUUACAAGUUGACUGAUAUGGGCUUAUUAGGGAAUACUUAAAGGCCCAAGCUGGUUAGACCAUCUUGUUACUGCCCAUCUAUGAAUCAAAGCGAAAGGAGCACAUGGCUUUCAGUUUGCUGGAGGCUUUUCAAGAGUAAUUCUUUGAUUUCAUACCGUAAAUUAGAGUGCUUAGUUUUAAGAAUGCCAUUAUGGCCCUGUCCAAUACACGAUUUCCUUCUCUUUGGUUCCAGCUCUAAGAAAGGCAAAGUGGAAAAAACUCCACGGUCGUUUCAGAUCUUGUGAGACUGGGCUUUGUCAGUGUUGAAAUAUUGAAAUCAUACUCCUACGGGUGAGUGGGGUUUUUAUUGAAGAAAGUGUUUUCGUCCCUUGCUUGAAUAUGCACGAAAUAUUGCACAUGUACUCUCAGAUACAACUCUCUAUUCAUCACCUCCACAGUUUGCAACAAGUUGAUGCAUACCAGGCGAAGACCCUAUUAAACUCAAAACCGAGCAGUAAUAUCCUUACCUAUGAUGGAAACUUUCAGCCCAUUUUUCGAACUGGUGUAUGUGUUAAUGAAUACUCUCUCGGUUGAACAACUCUGGUGCUAACAAAUUGCAGUCUUUUGGCAAAGGCACUGCAUUUUUUUCGAUGUUUGGUAUUAAAUCAUCAUGGAAAUAUGUUUAAGUGUGAAAGGCAUUAAGGACUAAUACUGCAUACUAUAGAACAGAGGUACAAAAACACAAUGACUUUACCUUUUUCUUCCUACACCUAUCAAAUAGUUUCUUCUAGAUCUAACGUGCAAGUUUCUGUAUUAUAUCUUAGUGAGAUAGGGUUUUGCUCAAUGGCGGGCUGUACACUUUACUGAUCUAACUUUUUAGAGGGGAUGACUGGCUCAACUAGGUCAUUUCUCCAAUAAAUGAAUGAUAACAGGAAAUAGUUCUAAUUUAUGCUAGAAUAGUGAUUCAGAGCAUAUAAACUGAAUUUUGACAUUAAUUUUUGUCUGAUUUUCAUUUUCACUUCAAAUCGUGAUGUCCAUUUUUUGCAGAGAAAUCCAAUGAUAAUCUUGAGACUGGCGGAGAUAAUCCAGAUUCGAUUGACGAUGUUAGCUAUUUGGUUGAAGAAUCCCAUGAUCAAGAGAAUAAAGACGUUGAUGAGGUAGAGGGCGAGAAUCACUCCCUGGAAAUCGACGUAGAUAUGGAAGUAGAUAUUGCAAACAAGGUUCUUAAUAACUUAAUGAAAGAAUCUGUGAAACGUUCAUCUCCUGAGGACAUUCUGGAGCCAUCUGAGACUACUCAUGAGGUACGAAAUUCAAAGAGCAGAGUGGGCAGGCCAUCUAUUGAUCCGAUAAAUAAACAGAAAGAAGAGCACAAGCCUAUACAACUCUCCUCUGAAUCAAGAGUGGAUAAUGACUUGGAAAGAACAUUGUUCAUAACCAAUCUUCCUUUCGAAAUCAAAGCCGAAGAAGUGAAACAGAGGUUUUUGGUAUUUGGUGAUGUGCAGUCAUUUGUCCCGGUUCUCCAUAAAGUCACAAAGUAUGCUCAGAGUCAUGAGUCUCACGUUUUUCUCCCUUUUCAUUACCAAAAUAGCAAGACAUGAUUAUGAAUGAGAACUUAUCUUUUUAUGUACUCUCAAUUAUUAUUGUUUACUGUUGAAACAGGAGACCUAGAGGAACUGCAUUUUUAAAAUUUGCGACAAUAGAUGCAGCCGAUGCUGCUGUUUCUGCUGCCAAUGCUGCUUCAUCUCUAGGGAUUACCAUAACUGGAAGACGGCUUACAGUAAUGAGAGCCUUGGACAAAGAAUCAGCUCACAUAAAGGAAUUAGAAAAUAAAAAGGCUCAGGAUCAUGACCUUCGCAACCUGUAUCUCUCCAAGGUCUUUUCCUCUUGUCAGUCCUUCCUCAUUGAGUUUAGCUAUAAGGUUAUUGACCUUCCUUAGACCAGCUUUUGUUCUCUUUAAUAGGAAGGUGAGAUCCUUGCUGGAACACCUGCUGCUGAAGGUGUAUCAGAAUCAGACAUGAAUAAACGUGCAAAGUGAGUUUAUAGUCAUCAUAUUACAUUCUAUUUUCCCAAUUUCAUGGUGGUCACGGCAUUUAUUUUGCCGUCAUAACUAGUCAUGUGUGAACUGACUUUUUGUAGAUUUUGAUUCUGUGUUUCUUAUAAUGCACUUUAUAAAACUUGACUUUUUUCAGCAACUUUGUUAGUGUUUCUGUUGCUUGACUUCCGCAUCCCUAACUGUAUACAUGGUGCUUCAAAAAUGUGUAUAUUGUAUUAACCUCAAAAUUAUCCUUCAGGCUGUAUGUCUGCCCAUGGCAUAUGAAUGAUUAUCAUGUGUUCUAUUCUUGUGACAGAACUUUGCAUGUAUUUCAAUAAAUCCAUAGGUUGAGCAUCAUUAUCAUGAGCGGUUGAAAUUAAGCAUCCAGGUAUUGGGUGAGGUUUUCCUGCUGGCUUCUUGGCCGGGUACCAUUCUCAAGUUGACAUCUUUCAGUGAAAAGCUAUUAUGUUCCUGCCAUAUCCCUGGGUGAACGCAUGGAACUUCCAGAAUGUGUUUUUUGUAUUCAAAUUUUUUUGUGAUAAUCCUCGAAGCUAUGUUGCCUCCAAGUGCUUAUGAAUUAGAACCUUAUGUUCUAUUCUGACCAAAACAUAACAUAGGUUACAUCAAAGACCCAGAUUGCCCGGUUUUAUCAUGAGUUGAGUGAAUUCAAAGAUUUUUCAAGGUUUCUUAGCUGGUCACAUGCCUGGCAUCAAUCUACCAGUUGCUGAUGAGCAUGUCGUAAAGAGAAAAACCCUAGGCGGGAUUGCAGAGGAGGAAAAUAAAUUCUCUCACAUUAAGUCUGGCUUGAGUCUGGUUUAUAUACCAAACCCAUAGGUACUACAGUGAACCGUUCUAACAUAUUGCUAAGAAUAAAAGAGUAGGAACAAUUUUGUAUCAAUUCUCUAGUUAUGCUUUAGACUCUAUGUAUAUCAGUUGAAACGUUUGUGAGGAAUUUUUGUUCUCUAUAUAGUGUAAUCUAUUUUCGUUGCCUCGUUUUUGACAGAGGACUUUGCCAUGGCUCAGAAAAAAAUAUCAAUGUCACAUAAUUGACAAAGAUUGAUGUCUCAUUUGUUUGGAUUAGUGGGGAUGUAUGUGAGGAAUUCUUGUUCUCUCUGUAGCCUAACCUAGACUCUUCUAUUUUUCUUCGCCGUUGGUAAAAUAUAUGUAUAUAUGUAUAUAUGUAUAUAUGUAUAUAUUUAUAUAUUUAUAUAUAUAUAUCAUUGUCAUAAUUGGCAACUGCAAUCUGCUCCGAAUAUCCAAUUCAUUAAGCAUUGCUUUAGAGUCAUCAAAACACAGUGCUAAUUACGGAAAGACUGCUUAGUACUCUUUUUUUUUUCCGUUUGGUUCGUUGCUGGUAAUCCUUAAAACUGUAUUUAUUACACGCUUAAUAUUUAAUGGAAAAUACUUUACUUACAAAUCAUGCUACUUCUUCAGGUUGGUCCAGAAAAAGAAGAUGACGCUCGAAUCCACAAAUUUUCAUGUUUCAAAGACUAGACUUAUCAUUUAUAAUCUUCCAAAGACAAUGACGGAAAACAAACUCAAAGCGCUUUGUAGGAAUGCUGUUCUUUCUCGAGCUUCCAAACAGAAUCCUUCCAUUCUGCAGGUUCGUCAAUCAGCACCUUUGGUGAGGAAAAAACUUGUUUUCUGACCAUCAUUCAGACGAUUCUCGAAUCGAUUUCAGGUAAAACUAUUGAAAGAUGCGAAGAAAGGAAAGAUUAAUGCCAAAAGUCACGCUCGGGGUGUAGCUUUUGUGGAAUUCAAAGAGCACGAGCAUGCGCUUGUGGCUUUGAGAGUUCUGAAUAAUAACCCUGGUAUUGUGGGACUACCUGUCCAUUUAUUCAUCAUCUGUGUCCACCAUGCUCGGGCUUUGUCUGCAAGUUUCCUCUUACGUGGAUUUAUUUCGUGGGUUUUUCUAUUUUAAGUGAAACUAUGCUGCGAAUACCUAUUCUAGCUUGCCUUGCUUUCCUACCUUCUAUCUUGGAACGGGUUUUUCGAUUUUUUUUUCAUUAAUCAAGCAGGUUACAUCAUAUGCUUGACAGCAUUCUUCAGGACCAGACUAAUAUUGCACAUGAACAGUAUCAUAGGAUUGAUAGCAGCGAUCUUAAUCUGUUGAAACGUUGACAUUUUUUUAGGAUUCCAUUAAUAUUUGGUGAAAGGGUUGGAACGUAUUGUAUGAAUCAGAUAAACAUUGCACAUGAACAGUAUCGUAGGAUUGAUAGCAGCGAUCUUAAUCUGUUUAAACGUUGACAUUUUUUUAGGAUUCCAUUAAUAUUUGGUGAAAGGUUGGACCGUAUUGUAUGAAUCAGAUAAAUAUUGCACAUGAACAGUAUUAUAGGAUUGAUGGCAGCGAUCUUAAUCUGUUGAAACAUUGACAUUUCUUUGGGAUUCCAUUAAUAUUUGGUCUUAGGUUGAACCGUAUUGUAUGAAUCAGAUUAAUAUCACACAUGAAAAAUAUCAUAAGAUUACUAGCAAACGACCUUAGUCUGUUGAAACGUUGACAUAUUUUUAGGAUUCCAUUAAUAUUUGGUCAAAGGUUGAACCGUAUGGUAUGAAACUGGAAAGCUAUACAGAUGUAGAAUAUCUUUCACAGGUUUUUCCCCUGUGGCAGCUUAAGUACGGUGGACAUGCUUAGUUAUGAAUAUGCUUUCUUAUUUUAUGGGUAUGCUUACUUAUUUUAGCUUUUCAAUUCUGCCAAUUCCAUGGAUCUGAAAACGGAAAAAAACCAACAAAUAUUUUCUCUCCGUUCACUGUAUCCAAUUUUAUGGGUAUGCUUUGAAGGAAUGGGUAUUAUUCCAUUUAUAUCUAAAAAUGGUUCGUGGGUUGACCAGUCCACUACAGAAUGAUAUGUGAACAUUUCCUUCGUGAGCUCAUAAUCUGACAAACUGCUCUUAGCAUUGACCAUUCUCCACGGUAUCUGUUUUUAGCAUAAAAAGUCAACUUAUUUCCCUCUGACAUAAUUCUGAAUAAUCAUGUGAAUAUAUUCUGCUGACAUUGCCGGAUAAUCUAAUGUUGGAUGCAUCUCUCACAGCAUUCCUCUGUGAAAAGUCAACUUAUUCUCAUGUUCUGCAGAGACCUUUGGCCCUGACCAUCGCCCGAUCGUUGAGUUUGCCCUCGACGACAUACGGAAAUUGAGGCUGAGGAAGCGGCUCCAAGAUAUGCGGAGCGAGAAACCCUCCGUGCAGAGAGGCGAUGGGGCAGAUGUGGGGAAGGAUCCCACCCCUCCCAUGGCGGAUGCCGAUCUCAGAACUGAGGACAGGCGCAGACCCAAGAGAGAAAAUAACCAAAAGGGGAAAUUCAAAGCAACCAGAGCUACUGAGUCUUCUGAAGUGGGCGCUGAGGCAGGGUCCUGCCCGGUGGAGAGUAGGAGCAGAAACCAGAAGGGAAGCCUAGCCAGAGGCAGGAAGAAGAGUUUGAGGUCAAGCACAGAGCCGACAGAUAAAAGUCAACGCUUGGUUAGUCAUCGGGAGUCGGAAGAACCAAACCCCAGAAGAAAACCCAAGGCAAAGCUCUGUUCUGCUCGGAUUAUCAGCCUUGGUCUCACAUUUUAAGAGGGAGAUUUCUAAAACUGACAAUGCCCGUUCUUGCCUGUUCUUGCAGCAGAGCUCGGCCAAGCCCGCCAUGCAUGCACCUUCGGCCCUGGGCAAGAGGAAGUCUCAGGAGACCGAGGUGAAGUCUUUGACUUUUCAGAAGUCAACGCCAUGUUUUCGGUGAGCUGAAUUCAGUAUGUCACUCCAUUGCAGGGAAUUGAGAGCAAGAACAUGAAGAAGAGUAGAAUUCCAGCCGGAGAUGAGCUGGUCGACAGACUGGAUUCUCUGAUUGACCAGUACCGAGCCAAGCUCUCACAACACGGCACCAAGAAGGUGGUCAGCUCUGCUGGCGGCAGUUCUGGAGGGCUCAAGAGAUGGUUCGAAUCAUAG